CAACCACUUUUUGAUGGUACGAACUACCUCUAUUGGAAGGAACGGAUGAGAAUCUAUAUCUAUUUCACCAACUUCCAAUUGUGGUUGGUUAUCAAAAAUGGCGAGGAAAUCCCAAUGAAGAAAGUGGGAGAAACCACGGUCCCAAAGACCGAAGAUGAGUUUGAUGCCGAAGACAUCAAAAAGGUGGAAAACUAUGCAAAAGCCAUCAACAUGCUCUACUGCUCCGUUAACCCCAAUGAUUACCGGAAGAUCUCCUGUUGCUCAACCGCCAAGGAGAUGUGGGACAAACUUGAAGUGACGUACGAAGAUCAUCAACGAUCUACACGCCUUGAAAACUCCAACAAGGAUCUUGUAAGGAAGAUCCUUUGUAGCUUGACUCCCGAAUGGCGCUCCAAGGCUGAUGCUAUCUACGAGUCAAUUGGCGUCUCCAACGUCACAAUCGAUGGGUUAAUAGGUAAUCUCAAGACUUACGAAUCUACCAUACUUAAUCCAUCGUUGGACGAACAAAGAAAGAAGGGAAUAACUCUCAAAGCCACCAAGGAACUGGUGGAAGAGGCUUCAAGAGACGAUGACAACGAGAUUGGCCACAUCAAGUCGAGGUGUCCAAAAGCCAAGAACGGCAAAGACAAGCCCGACUUCAAGAAGCAAAGAGCUAACAUCUCAUGGGGUGGCAAUUCCGGCGACGAAUCAACCAACCAAGAGGAGGACAAAGCUUCCAAUCUCUACCUCAUGGAACACGAAGACCAAAACGACGACGUGCACGAGGAAAAGCAAGUCCAAAUAUGGGCUCCGGCAACGACUUCCGACGAGAGAUUCUACUAUCAAGACGGAUCAUAUUUGUGGUUCGACUCCGAGGAAGAGCGCACACGCUUCCUCACCUUCUUCUCCAAACGGGUUGUGGCACCACCGAGGAUCCUCCCGGAACGACUCCUGGAGAUUCUUGGCUACGAUAUGCUUGACGUGGAACUGCACAAAUUCAGGCUAUGGCCGUUUGUCUCCAAGGCCCAGAAUGAGAUCAACCUGGCGCUGAUUCAGGUUUUCUACUCGAAUCUCCGGCGUGAAGAUGACGUUCUCUAUAGCCUUGUCAAGUCCACGCUGAUCGAGCUCACGGUGGAGUAGCUUGGUUGCAUUGUCGGCCUCCCCUACCAAGGCGACGACAUCUCUGCCUAUAGUAGAGAGGAUUGGGUGCUCAACAACGAGGGCCCGGUCCUCAACGAGCUCGGCAUCACCGACCUCAUCCGCCAUGCCUCGGGUCGCCCACCAUUUACUCCGUGACCCCCGAGAGCCGCCUCCUUCUCUACAUCGUGUCCCGCAUCAUCAAGCCCUAGAAGCACGGGCACACGAUCAUGUCCGGCGAGGACCUCAAGCUCCUCCAUGCCAUCAUGCAUUCGGCGCCAAUCAGCUAGGCAAAGUUUGUCAUGAUUUACAUGACGGACGCCACGUCGCUCACCCAUGACCACCUCCUCCCAUACGCCUUCUUGGUGAUGGA